GUGCGAAAGAAUCCUAAAAAAACCUCCUCAAAACCCUAACCAAUAGCCGCUUCUCUGUCUUCCUUUUCUCCCUUCACCCCAUCGUUUUGUCCUAAUACUCUGCUUUCAUCACUCACAAUUUUGCACUCUGUUUCUCGCCUCAUUCGUCGCUCUCAGCCUCUCGGCUCUCGCUACCGGAGUAGCGCCUCUCUGUCCUUGCAUUGUCGCUGCUCGCACCUCGCCAGUAGCCACCAAACACGAAUUACCGCCACACCGGAAUACCUUGAUUUGAGUUUCAUGGAUCCAGAAUCAUUGGCAGCUGCCACCGCUUCCACGACUACGACCACUAGGAAGGUGAGAUUUGCUCCGAAAGGUCCUCCUCGCAGAGCCCAGAAGCCUGUUUUGCCCAAAGCGGAAAAGGUUGAAGAAGAUGCUGAUGCCACAAAAGCGGAGGAAUUGUUGCGUCGUUUCAAUGAAUCUUCUACUAUGAGAGCUAGGGCUAAAGUUGAUAAGAAAGGGCCUACACAGGUUGCGUUCGGUCAGGGAAGUUCAUCAAGUUUAAGGUCAUAUAUCCCUCCAAAGGGUUCUAAGAAGCCUCAGAGCUCAUCCUCUGAUGGCGGUAUUGCUCUGCAACAACCCGAGAAAGAAUACAAAGAGCCUUGGGAUUAUUAUACCUAUUAUCCUACAACUCUUCCCUUGAGAAGGCCCUAUACUGGAAAUCCAGAGGUUCUUGAUGAGAAGGAUUUCGGGGAGGCUUCGGAGAGUAAUGAAUACAAUGAAGAUGCAAUAAAUCCAGCUGAUAACCUCGGCCUAUUUAAGGAGGCUCCGGAGGAAAAUCUGUUCUUCAUCCAAUUACCAACGCUUAUGCCUAUGUUCAAGCCACCAGCAAACGCAGAAGGCAGCGAGACAGCCAGCAACAACCCGAGGGCGAUGAGGGCUAGGGCCUGUAAAUUUGAUGAUUUGCCCGGAGGCUAUCUUGGUAAAAUGGUGGUAUACAAGAGCGGAGCUAUCAAGAUGAAACUAGGCGAAACGCUUUAUGAUGUUUCUCCCGGUAUGGAAUGCAUAUUCUCUCAGGAUGUUGUUGCGAUGAACACAGAAGAGAAGAACUGCUGCAACGUCGGGGAAAUUAGUAGACGAGCUGUUAUAACUCCAGAUGUCGACUCCCUCCUGGCAAGCAUGACGAAUUGAUGAUAGGUUUUUUGUUAUUAUUAAGUUUUUUUUGGUCAUACAUAUAGCAGCAUUACACAUUUACACAUCUGCAUUUCUUUCUCUAUGAACUGAUACAAAGGUUUUUUGUAUCAUUCCUACAAAAUUCUUUUGCCAAGAUGUCUAAAGAAGCACAUGAUAAUUUGAAAUGCAAUUUUUUUGAGUAUCA